GCGAGUGAAGACCAUGUCCAACAAUAUGACAAAGACUGCAGAGGCACGCAAGGCAGUGGAGCAGCUCAAACUGGAGGUCAACAUCAACAGGAUAAAGGUCUCGAAGGCUGCUGCUGACCUUCUGGCGUUCUGCGAGACUCAUGCGAAGGAAGACCCCCUGGUGACAGCUGUGCCCUCCUCAGAAAACCCCUUCCGUGAAAAGAAGUUGUUUUGCAUUAUCCUGUAACCUGUCCCCAACAUCAGCAACUAUAUCAUGUAAUUAUUUGGCAGACACCUUUAUUCAAGGCGACUUAAAGGUGUUACAGGGCAGUACAGGGUUACAAUGCAAGCUCAAUCUUCAAUUACAGUGUAGUAUACAGUAAGUGCAACAAAUAUAAUACAAUAUGAACUAAGAUACAGCAAGUUAGGAUUACAACAAGAUU